CUAAACCAACGAAGAAUCUCCAUGACCAAAGCUUCCUUCCACCACCACCAACAACAAUGGCGUUAACUCCACCUCCCUCUACACUCACUUCUCUCUUCAAUUCCUCCGAUCAGUCUUCCUCUCCGUCUCCAUCUCUUCAUUUUCUUCUUCCUGGAUCAGCAUCUCCUGCCUUUUCUCUCCACUUAUCGGCGCUUAAUAGAACUCCGAUCUACUUCGAGGCACUCAAGGUUUUGUCGAGAUCCAAGUUCUUAGCCAAGUCUCCAACAACAGCCGAGGACUUCGUCGGCGACUACGAAUCCCUAAACGUUAGCGACGACGAUGCUAAUAGUGACAGUAGCAGCGGUGAUGGAGAAAACGGAGGAAGAGAUGAUGAUUCAAAGAAGAUCGAUUCUUCUUCUUCUUCUUCCUCAAGUGAUUCUACGUCGCUGGGAAUUCGUGAGCCGAUUUAUGAGGUUGUUGAAGUGAAGGCGACCGGAGCAGUAUCUACAAGGAAGAUUAGCAGACGACAGCUGCUCAAAUCCAGUGGUCUUCGUCCAAGAGAUAUCCGAAGCGUUGAUCCUUCAUUAUUUAUGACGAACUCGGUGCCAUCUCUAUUGGUCCGUGAACAUGCUAUUCUGCUGAAUUUGGGAUCUCUGCGAGCAAUAGCAAUGCGAGACCGUGUCCUUAUAUUUGAUUAUAACCGUAGAGGAGGAAGGGCUUUUGUUGAUACACUGAUGCCUCGGCUCAACCCAAGAAGUAUGAAUGGAGGACCCUCUAUGCCAUUUGAACUCGAGGUUGUUGAAUCGGCGCUAAUCUCAAGGAUACAACGGUUAGAGCAAAGGCUUAUGAAUAUAGAACCCCGUGUCCAAGCGCUUCUUGAGGUUUUGCCCAACCGCUUAACUGCUGAUAUAUUGGAGGAACUUCGUAUUAGCAAGCAAAGACUGGUUGAGUUGGGCUCGAGAGCUGGAGCUCUAAGACAAAUGCUCAUAGAUCUCUUAGAGGAUCCACAUGAAAUACGCCGCAUUUGCAUCAUGGGAAGAAAUUGCACACUUAGAAGAGGAAAUGAUGAUAUGGAGUGUACAUUGCCCUUAGAUAAGCAGAUUGCUGAGGAAGAAGAGGAGGAAAUCGAAAUGCUCUUGGAGAACUAUCUGCAAAGAUGCGAGUCAUGCCAUGGACAAGCAGAAAGACUUCUGGAUUCUGCAAAGGAAAUGGAAGACUCAAUUGCUGUCAAUCUAAGUUCUCGGAGGCUUGAGGUCAGCAGAUUCGAGCUGCUUCUUCAAGUUGGAACAUUUUGUGUUGCGGUUGGUGCUCUCAUCGCAGGUAUAUUCGGCAUGAACUUGAGGUCUUAUCUUGAAGAACAAGCUUCUGCAUUCUGGCUAACAACGGGUGGAAUCAUCAUAGGCGCUGCGGUCGGCUUCUUCCUCAUGUAUUCCUAUCUCAGUAGACGCAAAAUCUUUUGAACAUUCAAUGCUAAAACGGUGAAAGAAGAGGUUAAAAUCCGUGAAGAAAGAGAAUAUCAUCACACAUUUACAUACAUUGCGGCAUUAGGCCCUUACUAGUAGUACUUAGAGAAAGGUGAGUUCAUAAAAUGUCUGAUAGAAAUUUAUUGUGUGGUCUCCAUUGAACGUCAGCAUUGCUAUGCACUAUUUGUUAAUGUUAAAUCAGUGAACGGAUCAUCUCAAAUUGGUU